AUGGCCUACAAUAAUCGAGGCCAGAGUGGUAUCUACGCACCGACGUUGAGAUACCGAGAUGACACAUUCACCAUUACGACAACUCUAGCAAACCAGGCGCUACCACGAGAGAACCUCACUAGAUGGGAUAACAUCAUCUUCAACACCAAAAACCCGUAUGGUGAGUGGGAUGACCCCAUUCAUUACUACGGCCCUGGGAUUGACCCUUCCCCGUUCUGGGAUGAAAACGGUGUAGCUUGGGUCUCAAGCACAUUCAACUCCUCUGGUGUUGUGCACGCACCCGUCAAUCUGACGACUGGCGAGGUCACACUACCCUUCAAGUGGCUCUGGAAGGGCACUGGUGGCGCUGCGCCUGAAGCAGCCCAUGUUUACAAGAAGGACGAAUGGUACUAUGUUUUGCUCGCCGAGGGCGGCACACGCGAAAAGCACAUGGUUACUUUGGCUCGCUCACGAAGUUUGCACGGCCCGUAUGAAGGCGCAUUAGACAAUCCACUCUUGACGGCUUUCAACAGUACAGAGUCAUACUUCCAAGCCGUUGGUCACGUUGAUCUUUUUCAAGACAAGCUCGGCCAGUGGUGGGCUACUGGUCUUGCUGUUCGAGCAGGUGGUAAUUACGCGGACGAUCCAUAUCAUGCCAAUUUUCCAAUGGGCCGCGAAACAUUUCUCACUUCUGUCAUCUGGCCAGAAGGCGAGUUUCCCAUCUUCACCAAUGUAUCGGGCACUGUGACCGGCAACUUCACUCUCCCUCAACUGCCUGAUCUCGAGAUCAUCCCAUCGCAAGGCGUCGGGCAGCUUGUCGAUGCCAAUGAUGAUGUCGACUUCGUCGCCGGUACCAAGAUCCCAUCACACUUCCUCCACUGGCGUAUUCCACACACGAAGAACUACGACGUCUCGCCAUCCGGCCGCGAAAACUCCCUUGCUCUUCACUCCUCAAUGCUUAAUCUCACUGGUUUCGACGGUGACUCCUCACUGGGACGGGGCCAAACAUACAUCUCCCGCCGCCAAGCACACACGCGCUUCAGAUUCAGCGUCAACAUCGACUGGUCGGCGCUCUCGCGUGACUCAGAAGAAACUGGCAUAAGCAUUAUGCAGGAUCAGAGCCAGCACUUUGAUAUCGGUAUCGUUAUGAAGAGCACUCUAGUACCGAGAAAUUUGACCAGUGGAACACUGUAUCCACUCUCGGAGAACGAGUUUGGUCCGAUUGAAGGCAGUGCGAGAUUCGUUCCUGAACGGCCGGCUGCGCCGUAUAUCAGAUUUGGCGGCAUUAGCACGACGGCCUAUCGAAGAGCGGAGAGUAUGAAGUGGGUGGAGGACUUGACUGAGCUGCCGGGAGCGUGGAAAGGGCAGAAGCUACGAUUCGAGAUCGAAGCCGUGAACACUACGCACUACAGAUUCUCAGCUGCUCCAGCUGGGCGCGAAGAUGUUGAUGGGGAGGCGCGAGUCUUCGGGUGGACGAGGGGUGACUUACUGGUGCCUGUAUACUCAGGAGCAACGGUAGGGGCUUACGCUACAAGCAACGGUCGGUAUGGAGAGCGUGCUUUUGCAGCCUAUAUUUCUGGAUGGCGGUACAAAGGGCUUGAACAGGUACGAGAGGAGCCUCGCGCCUGA